CAUCAUCCUUGUUUUGAACGAAGUCAUCACCUGCAUAUGGUGCCCGAGCUGCCAUCCGCUGCAAUUCUAUCGCACUGGUUUGUUUGUCGACAAAAACUCAUCGGUUGCAUUUCGUAGGACAAAACCAAACAAAGGUUAUUGGGACGGAGAAAAUCCGAUAUGGUCAGAUACAACCGAGUCUCUAUGAGAACUGAAUCGGAAGACCAUGGCGACUCCCAGGAUACCAUUGCUGUCGAAAGCAGUCAUUCUCCUGCCAACGACCAAAAGUUGCAUCCUAGCAUAAAUCCCCUGGCGCGAAUCGAAUCGAACGAUCGAUCCCUAAGCUCAAAAUCCUACAAAAGUCGCGGUAGUGAUGCUCAGGAUUACCUGAACAGCAGCGGCAGCCAUCGUUUUGGAGACAGCGGUGACAGCGAUGAUAUUGACGAGGAGGAGCGAUCUCCCCUGACCCAAAAUGCGGAGUACGCCAGCAAUGACGGACUAUUAGAGAAUAUGCCUAUGCCUGGUGACGACAGAUCGGUGACUCCCCUGUCGCUUUUUCCGUCUAUGGCGGCGAUAUCCUUCGAUCUGGACGACGACGACGACGACGAAGUGGAAGCAAACCUGCAACGGUACCACCUGGACUUUACGUCGACAGAGAACGGAGAUUACCUGGCCCGCGUUGAUAUCGACGAGGGCGACGGAAGCGACCAAGGUGCUGCUUCAGGCAGUAGCAACUGGUGCUCGUCGGGGGCAAAAUACGUGUGGUUUUCCGUCCAAUCGGCACGGCAGAAAGCCAGGCAGCGGCGGGCACAGAUGCUCCUGGACCAGACCGAGCGGAACUGGAAACAGUCGCUCAAGAUUUGUGUGCUAACCAGCUGCGACAACACGGAUUUGGGGAUAUUCUUGUUCGCGAUUAUCGCACUAGUUUGGAUCGUGGUUCUGUUGUUCAUCCGAAACCCGGUGGCUAGACGAAAGGGAAUACUAGCUGGGAUAAUACUAGUUGCGGUGCGGAUGGGUGCGCGUCCGUUCUUUCACUGGCUCCACAAGCACUGGCAACGACGAUCGUCAUUGCGACAGAGGGUGUGUGGGUCAGCUCAAGAUUCUUCUUUGGAUGGAAUGGCGUCAGGUCAGAGAGGUUUGGAACUCCAUUCGAUACGGGAUGAUGAAAAAAGAGACUACAACCAUGCCGAUKGGUUGAUGUCACCGGUUUCAGCCGGGUCAGACCCAACCGUUGCUGCAAUAUAGAAAAUGUUUGCAAAAGAACACAUUCCGCCAUGCAUGUACGGUACAGUUUGAUAUCAGAACUACCAUUGGGAUAGAGAAGGGGGUGAUUACGAAUGAAUUAAUGUGCACAGU